ACAUUGAUAGUCCUUGGAGAAUCAAGCCGGCUGCCUUGUUGCGGCUUUGCAGGGUUGCGGGAAGGAGAGGGUUUUAGCCUUUGGGAGUUUGGGUUGGCAAUUUGUGGUUUUCUGAAAUCUGAAUAUUAGCUGCUGAGCUAAGCUAUACAAAGGGAUUAAGAAAAAGAAGGCCUACAAAUGGCGCUGCAAUUUCUGAAGCUUCCCAUAAUCUCUCGUUAUUUUAGUAAUGGCAACGCCACUAGUUCCAGCUUCUUUUUCUUAUCCAGAUCCUACCCUUAUAAUCUUAAUGUUAAAUGGGUAAAACUGGAAAUGCAUCGUUCUUUCAGAAGCUUUGCUGUUGCAAAAGCAGGAAAGAUUCAAAUACCUAAAAAGAAAAGGAGACUGGACGAAAUAUGUCUUGAAAGGUUCCAGCAGUACAGCCGAACAUUUAUUCAGUCAUGGAUUUUACAAGGCAAAGUGUUUGUAGAUGGGAAGAUGGUGAGCAAAGCUGGCACACCUAUCUCCAACAAAGCUGUUGUAGAGAUUAUUGCUGAAAUUCCAAAAUACGUAUGUAGAGCAGGAUAUAAGCUAGAAGCUGCCAUUGAACAGUUGGGUGUUGAUGUAGCUGGCAAAGUGGCCCUUGAUUCAGGGCUGUCAACUGGGGGAUUUACUGACUGCUUGCUUCAGCAUGGUGCAUCAUUUGUUUAUGGAGUUGAUGUAGGUUAUGGACAGGUGGCAGACAAAAUUCGCAGAGAUGACCGUGUUUGUGUGGUAGAAAGAACAAACUUAAGAUACCUCUCUGGACUCCCCCAAAAAGUUGAUUUGGUGACUCUUGAUCUCUCAUUCAUCUCUAUUCUCCUGGUCAUGCCUGCUUUAGUCAAUGUUAUGAAAGAAGAUGCAACAUUAAUUACCUUGGUUAAACCUCAAUUUGAAGCUCGCAGAUCACAAGUAGGAAGUGGUGGAAUAGUAAGAGAUCCCCAAGUCCAUCAAGAGGUUCUUGAGAAGAUUGUAAAGGGUGUGGAGAACUUUGGAUUCUGCAGCAAAGGGUGGAUUGAGUCUCCUUUAAAGGGUGCUGAAGGUAACACAGAAUUUCUGGUUUACUUUAGUCGAAUAAGUGAGAAAAGUACAGAAUAAUGUAUUCAUAUGAAAGAGGGGACUGCAUCAGCCUGGAUGCAAAAUCUUCUCAGAGGCUGGCACUGGAUGGGUUAAUUUUCAACCUGCAGCUUGGCAUGCAUCUGUAAAGAAGAAAGUUCUAUUGCCCCCAAUGUUUGUAAAUUUCUAUCAACCGUAAUUUGCUGUAGAGUUAAAAACUCAAGAAAUGAAAGACGAGCAAUAUUAGCCCACUUCUCUGGUGGUUCAAGGCAAUUGUCUCUUGUUAAACAGCUUACUUACCUUUGCACGCAAAUGGUGUCCCAAUGAAUGCUGGUUAAUGAGUUUGAUAAA